AUGGAAAAACUGAACGAAGCCAUUGUCAUGCUGAACAAGAAUCUCCAAGAAAUCAACAUCCAGAACAUGGAUACAGAGCUUGUGGCUCAGAUGUUCAAGAACUACCAGUCCAAUGUUCUGUUCCACCUAGAAGCAACAAAUGGUCUCAAGGAUCCUGCGUGA